AUGAUGGACGGGGCGGCACAGUCGAAGGGAAUCCUUCCCAUGGAAGCCAAAAAUGCUGCUAAACCUGGUCCUUGUGCACCUCAGGGGGCUCCCAUCGAGCCUACCAACAGUGUGGGGGAGGUCGGAGCCACCAGUGGUAGUUCAACCGCAGGUGGUUGCGCUGCUGCUGAUGAUGUCGUGGGAGCAAACGCUGGGCAACUAACAGGUGGCGCUGAGGGCACUGCUCGUGUGGCCGCAAACAAGGAUACUACGGGUGUGGCAGGGGAAAAUGGUGAUGGGGUAGGUCGAGAUGGAAAAGCCGUGUGUUUUGUCAAGCUUAACCCGGGAGCCGAAAACAACUCCGGACACAUCGGCGAAGAGCACAGCAGCAGCGAUUGUCAAAAGGAUGCUGAAGGUGCCGCUGUUGAUGCGGCUUUGAAUACGCGGCCAAACACUGAUGGGCUUGGCAAAUCGAGUGGGCACGUAGUUGACCGAUCGAACGAAGCCCAGGACGCGGUGGCUGUCAAGGCUGGGGUAUCUCAGCUGCCCGUGAGAUCAGAAAACAUGGGCUCACAAGUUUCUAAGGCGGCACCUGCGGCAGGAGGAACGCGUAAGGGUCAAUGGACGUUCAAGAACCAGACGAAAUGUAGGUUCUGCGGGGGAAGGCUUUGCCUCAGGUGCUCGGAGCAAUGCGCGCUGAGAUGCAAGGGAGCCGCAGUCAAUGGGCUGCAUUCUCACUGGAUAUCCGACUCCAUCAUUGGCAUGCAGAGGCCCAGCAGCCGCCUGAUUAAGACGUACGACAUUGUCGGCCAGUUCAAGCGGAAGGGGGUGACGGCCAUUUUUAAUCUCACAGAGCCGGGGGAACAUCCUCAUUGUGGAGACGGGCUGGAAAAGGCCAGUGGCUUUCCGUACCUGCCCGAAACCUUCAUGCGAGAAGGCAUCUCUGUGUACAACUUUUCUUGGGAGGACAUGACGACGCCAUCGAUGGCACUUCUUUCGGACAUCAUCAGAGUAGCACUGUCCUGCCUUCGGACAGGGGGCAAGAUCGCCGUACAUUGCCACGCUGGCUACGGCCGAACGGGCCUCGUGAUCGCAAGUAUCUUGGUGAUGAUGAACAAUCUCCCCCCCCAGCAAGCCGUGGCUCUCGUCAGGGAGAAGAGGCCUACUUCUUUGCAGACGAACGCCCAGGUCUCGAUGGUGGGAGAAUUCGCCAACUUUGUGCGCGGUGUUCGGGUGGUGUAUCACUUCACGGACCAUGCCAGGGUCACGCUCGGGCAGCAUCUUGCACAGCAGCCAGCGAAAGGCCCGAGGAUGUGGCUCAAGCUCUUGCGGGCGUGGACCACAGCAGUGAAGCUCACAAGGAGAAGAAUCCCAGCCCAACUAUUGUACGAUUGGCUAGCGCAGCUGGCCGUUCCCCCAAUAACGGUGACCGAGCUGAGGAGAGCGUUGCCGCAAAGCACCGUAUCGGUGGCUCUGGAGGACGAUGGGCAAGAAGCCACCGUCAAGGCCACGAGUGCAUUCGAAACCUCUUCGGAAGGGCAGUUUCAUCGUCUGAACCUGCUUCCCGUGGGCCAGGUUCGACUGUUGCAGUGCCUUACGGAUUGCGUGAGGAACGUCCGAGAUUCUCUAGCAGCGGCCGGCACACCCCAAGGAAGGGCGUACCAGAAGGGGUGCUUGCGCGUGGCCAUCGCAAUGGUCCAUCUCCAUUCAGCACACGAAGGACUUCUGGUUGGAAGAAACAUCGCACAGGAUGUGUUCCAGGCGGCUGCGUCGCUUUCUACCCCUACGUCGACAAGCAAGCACCGGCAACCUUUGGGAGCGCCCCAUAGGCUAGGGAGCGGCUCUUUGGCGGGGGACCUCAUGUUUUGUUCCAAAGCGAUGGAGGUGCUUGUCGACUGCUGGAGAGCUCCGUUGCGAUGCCGGCCGUACAGCAAGCUCGAGGCCCUCGACAACCAGCCAGAAAUACACGGAGGCAACGAAGAGUACUGGCACCAGAAGCGACGGAGCGUGGUUCCACCAAAGUACCGACAACAACAUCACGACGCCGCACCACUAGGAGCAGAACAGCGAACGCCUCUGAGACGGCGAUCCGCGAGUUCCGGCAACGUCAAGCAGGGCCUAGAAAAUGUUGCCCCGUUUGACGUCAUCAAGCCGCUCGAGGACGAGAAAGACGACCCGGGAGUACAAAGCAGUGCUACCGGUGCUCACGAUUUGUAG